AUGGUCACAUACAUCCUCUAUGGCUUCCGUUGGAAUAGAGCGGCCAACCCCUUAGCCCCAGGCAUACGUGCAUACAUCACCCUCUGCAACAUCCUCGACGCCGCUGCCGAAUAUCUCCAGCAUCCGAGCACAACGACAGCAGUACUCAAUUCAUUCAAACUCAUUGACUCUAAUAUCCUCACUCACCUCCCUGAUCUCGAACUUAUUGAACAGUACGAUCCCGAGGAUCUUAGCGCUGAUGCCGUGAGCCAGCCAUAUGCAUAUGUCGCGGCAAAGACAAUGACCAUGGGCGCAAACGCCCUAUCUGGUGCGGGCCUAGGAUUGAGCCUGCAAGACAUCCUACAGCAGGACCCGGGCUUGUCAACUGCCGGGACAGAUGUAUUUAAAAAGCUUAGGGACGAACUUGCGCCUGAUUCGGAGAUUGGCUGGUUUGUUGUUUACAAUGGAGAUCCGGAGCGUUCAUAUGGAAGUUUCUAUGGGGAUUCGGCUGUGGAGAGUGAUGGGUAG